AUGGCCUGCGUCACAGCUGCCAGCCCUUCUUAUGAAGGAGCACAUUUCUUUCGGCGAUCGUCUCCUUUUGGAGCGAUUUCUGCCAGCGUUGAGGCAGAUGUAGCAUCUAGUGACUCUAAGCACUGUCUCACCGAGCAUAUACCUGAGCAGAACAACAAGAGUCUAUCAUCUCGCAUGGGCUGCUACCUGCCCCUCAAUCCGUUUAGUAGCCCUGUAAAGUCGCCUGCAGGGUGCACCGUUUCCAAUGCCCCCACGCCUAUCAGGCCGUCAAGAGACGACCUUUCACCGUCAAAGGGAAGUCCCUGGCUUGGACACCCUUCGCUGCUUUCAGGCGAGAGCGCUGGGCAUAUCGAGAAGUACAUUGCAAAGCACGACUCCACUGAUGGUGCUGAAAGGCCACCCUGUAUGGCCCUACCCGAAGACAGGUAUUCCCCACAAAAAAGACUUCUACUUCCCUUAGAUGAGUCUUCCAUUGAAGGAGGCAACAGCGAGACAUCUCCUACUCCUGGGAGAGUUCAAGGUUCCAUAGACACGCCUAACGAUUUGCUACAAAAUAGCGCGGAAGAAGAUUCGGAUGUGCUUGUCGAUAAAGAGUCAUGUUACCCCUUUGGAUCAAAUAGCUGUGUUGCUCGGCACCGGGCCACACAACAAUACGCUCAAUCUGCUCCGGACACCAGCAUGUGCUCAUCACUUUGGGAGAUGAAUGCCAAGACAGCACCGCGCUUGUCAUAUCCGUGGAAUGCCACAUGUGGAGAGGUGUUUUGCGGUGAAAUGCAAAUACAGUUAAAUGCUUCAGAAUCAUUGCGAGAGGAGGAACUCCUCAGCCCUUUAAGAAAGUCGCCCCCUACUCAUGAAAAUCCUAGAAGCGUCGACACGAUUAAUAAAUGGAAAGAGCAGGUAGGAGCUGUCCAAGAUAGAAGCAGAUUGCGAAGUGUGGAGUGCCUCGACAACGCUGAUGACGGCAGGUUGUGGCUCGAUCAUCUGGAAAAGCUUCGCGGGGGCGCCCCAAAGGAAGAAUAUAAACGAGAGAGGACGCGAGUUGUAGAUGCUCUUAUUCGACGAGCCGCUGCUUACCCCAAGGUGUCCGGCAUAUAUUUCGACAAGCAUCAGCUCCGAUGGUCUGUUGGUUGGGCCCACAAUGGGCGGAGAGCUGCUAAGUAUUUUCCAGUCAAGCUAUUUGGCAUGCGUGAAGGGUAUGAUAUGGCCGUGAGCUUCAAAGCCACAAAGACCACCUCCAUGGAGGCUAUUCGCUUAUCUGUAGCCAAUUCAGAUGCAUCCGAGUUGUCCAAUGGCAUCACCAGGAAUGACAACAGUGCUGACAACAGAGCAGUAGACAGCGUGGGUUCCGGUACUCAUUCUGGGAUAAGCAUAGCACCAUUUACAGCAGGCCCAAAAGUCGCUUUGCCAAUUCAGAGGCAGCCUCUUGUAUCAAGCGAUGCUAUUACUCAUAGUCAUAUGUGGCAUGGCACCCCAAAGAGCUGCGCUCCUUAUCCUACGGCUCCUACAGGCACUAUAGGGCUCACAGAGUCGACUAGCCAUCAAAUGGCCUCAGCAAAGAGUGCCGCGCAUGCAACAGCAGGUACUGCCCCUGCAACAUUGUACCGUGCUCCUUGCAGCAAUAGACUAUUGGGAUCAGCUUGGCAGGAAUCCUUGACCACUCCUCAAAUUGCUAAGGUAGAAGCGGUUGAACCAACGUCCGAUACUAGCAAUUCCAGUCCUGCAACAACUGAGCAGGCGACCCACCGCGUGCCACUUGGCAUACUCCACUGUAGGCCAAAUCUAACACGGUGGCCUUACAGUGCUACGGCCACCGUAGACCAGAGGACUUUCUGGCAUCCAGAAACUGUGUACGACAAUGAAAGGUUCGAUAACCAAACAAUUUUAGAGCCUCGUUUGAUCUCCACCAACCCGUGCUAUUCAGCUAGCAUGCAGAAGCCAUAUGUACACGGCUCAGAAGAGCUGGGGCAGCUUCUUGCCUUUACAUCACCUGAUCACUGCGUUCCACGACAGAAGGAAAUAAGCACUAUGCUACUUGGAGCUCCUACUCAAUCUGAUUCCCGCCAGGUGGAAGCCAGCAUAAAUGCAACUGCGGUAGCUUUACCAGCACAGCCAGACAUGUAUAGCAACAAAAGACGCAGGACGGAAAAGCAACUGAAUCCCUCCGCUGUCUUAUCAACUACACAAGAACAAGGCUUUGCUCAAGAUUCCGUGGUGUCUGCUUCUAUUAGACCCCUGAUGAAUCAUGAGAGCAAAGCCGUAACCGCGUCACCCUUGUACCUUCAAGGUACUAGAGCCAUGUGCGCCCCCUACGAUGGAGAAAGCCCAAAUGCUGGCCUUGCGGCAGAAUCAUUUAACUCUUUCGCUUCACGCCUGGGGGCAAACGAAGACUGGAAUGUAGCAGGAGACCAACGUGGCGGACUGGAAGCACGGUUACUCGAUUCGUUAGGGUCUAAAAGCACUGAUGCAGAUUCAGGUCCUAUUGUACCACAACGCUAUGAGCGUCAAAGCGUGCAUAAUUUAUACCAUUUGCACUAUACACCAGGCAUCCAUUUUGAUAAGCAUUCUUUGAGGUGGAAGGCAACGUGGUAUGACAUCUCAGGACAUAGAAAGGCUAAGUACUUUCCUAUUGCCAUCAGUAACACUGGCGAAGAACUUGAAAGAAGUCAGCUCAACCGGCAUGAGGCUUUCACCAACAUUGGAUAUGACGAAGAGCGAGAUAGGCGCCUGUCGGUGGCGCCUUCUCGCGUGCUCAUACGUCAGGCAUCGCGCCUGACGAGAGUGCCCGGAGUCUGGUUCGACAAGAAGCAGCUUCGAUGGGCGUGCACCUUCACGGAUAAGGAGUCUGGGAAGCGCCGGGCAGAGUAUUUCCCCAUUCGUCACUUUGGAUUUCUAGGAGCGCGACUACUUGCCGUUGACACCCGUCAGCGAAUGGAACGCUUUUGGUCUACAACGAGAAUCAGCACAAAAGAGCAUAAACAACGACAGCGAGGGGAUGUUGGCUUGCAUGGAAUCUCUGAGAUAAGCGAAGGUACCAUGUCGGAGAUAUCCAAAACUGAUGGCCAUCAUUCGCUAGAUGCUGGACUACCAGAUAUCUGGAACAAAUAUGUGCUGGAAAUACUGCAGCGCAACGAGCCCCUAGACGGCAGCCGGUACUACCCAGGCGAUGAAGCCAUUUUUACUCUUAAGGCGGGAUGCUUCCUAUUUACAGAUGGGUGGGGCUGUUGUGACGCCAACAGCGUUGAUAGGGGAGACGGUACUGUUAAGCCUAUUUCAGUGUGGGAAGAAGCAAGUAAUGAGGCAGCGCUGGGUCAGGCAGAAGAGGAUGAAGUAGCAAGAUUAUUUAAUUCGAAUCAAGUGCACCCAUUCAUAGAUCCCCAGACCCAUGACCAUUCUGCUCAAAGUACCCAAAGCUAUGCAGAAUCUAUUCAUAAAAAGCGAGCCUUGUGCCACUCGGAUAUCAAUGUGAGUACUCAACAAUUACACUCAGAGGCUGAUCUCGGUUUCAACCCCUGUGCCCUCACGGACAUAGCUGCUGCGCGCCUGCAAGUAAGACCCCGGCACCAAUAUCAAAAGUCUUUGUCACUGGAAACAGUUCGCUGCAUUGACGGAACGGCCAACUCUAUGCACACUAGCUUUGAGAUAGUUCAAUUGGCAAAUAUAGUCCCUGUGUGUAUUAUGUGGAAGUUAAGUGGAGACCACUGGGUAAUAGCUUUCUCAAUGGUCCGCUGGGUUUGA